AUGAGUAGUCCCAGGAGACGAAUCGAGACUGAUGUCAUGAAGCUAAUGAGCGACUACGAAGUCACUCUGGUCAACGACAAUAAAUUUUUUGUUCGCUUCAAGGGACCGGCCGAGACACCCUUUGAAGGUGGCCUCUGGAAAGUCCACGUCGAGCUGCCCGACGGCUACCCGUAUAAGUCGCCUAGCAUUGGCUUCGUGAACCGCAUCUUUCACCCCAACAUUGACGAGCUCUCCGGCUCUGUCUGCCUUGACGUCAUUAACCAGACUUGGUCGCCAAUGUUUGACAUGAUCAACAUUUUUGAAGUCUUUCUGCCACAGCUCCUGCGAUACCCGAACCCCACCGAUCCGCUCAAUGGCGAGGCCGCUGCUCUCCUGAUCCGCGAGCCCAAGAGCUACGAUGCCAAGGUUAAAGAAUACGUACAAAAGUACGCCAACAAGGACGCGGCCGACGAGGCCGGCGCCGAGAGCGAAGAUGACGACGAUAUGUCCUCGGUGGCCAGCUUUGGCGAGGACGACGACGAGGAACCUGCGGGUCAGAUGGACGAUGUAUAG